AGUAUCCACAACACCAACACAAUCUACCACUACAACUAAAACACCAACUACCACUGUAAAAUCCACUACACCCUCUACUAAAUCUACAAUUGAAACACCUGGUACUAUCACGACCUUUACAACCAUUUCAUAUCCUGAAUCAACAACUGUGGAAUCUAUUGCUACAUCUGAAACACCCGUAACCCAUCCUACAGGUUGUCCUAAAUGGAAUAAAAUGGAAAAUGAAACCUUUUAUUUUUGCAACUGCACCAUGGCCAAAUGUAUUGGAAGCAAUACUCUUCAAAUAGUACCCUAUGAAUGUCCACCUAUCAAAAACAUAACUUGUUCCAAUGGAAAACGUCCUGUUCUGGUAUAUGAUGAAUAUCAAUGCUGCCAACAUUAUCAAUGUGACUGCGAGUGCAAAGGGUGGGGAGAUAACCAUUACAGCACAUUUGAUGGACUAUCCUACAAAUACCAUGGAAACUGUUCCUAUUAUUUGAUGAAAGAAAUUGCACCAAGGGACGACUUGGAAAUUUACAUUGAUAACAUCCAUUGUGAUCCUUUUGAAGAUCCUUCAUGUCCUCAAUCUUUAAAUGUAAACUAUGGAGCAGAGCAUGUCAAACUGGUCUAUUUUAUUCUCAAUGGACAACCAGAUUUGAAGGCGUUUACGAAUGAAGUGAGUCUAAAUCUCCCUUAUUGGAAACAAGGUGUUAAAGUGAUGAGCACUGGCACUAAUUUAGUUUUAGAGAUCCUUCGUCUGAAUGUGGUUGUUAAAUUUGGAAGAACUGGAUUUAGUAUCAACCUUCCAUACAAGUACUUUGGGGGAAACACACAGGGUCAUUGUGGAACUUGCACCAACAGUCAAGCUGAUGACUGCUGGCUGCCUGGAGGAACGGUAUCAGAAGGUUGCACUGAAAUUGCUAAUGGCUGGCUUGUAGAGAAAGAUAAAGACUGCAAGCCUGGAGAAGAACCGCCUUUGAAACCUCCAUGCAAUGCAAGUUCUGUAUGUGAACUUCUCAAGAGCAGUGUCUUUGCUGAAUGCCAUUCCCAGAUCUCUCCAGAUAAUUACUACAAAGGAUGCGUUUCUGAUAGCUGCCCUGUUCACAAUGGAGCAAAUGCAGCGGAGUGCUCAAGUUUAGCAAGUUAUGCUGCUGCGUGCUCUGAUGUUGGAGUUUGUAUUCACUGGAGGAACCACACUGAUCUAUGUGCCAGUGACUGCCCAUCAGACAAAAUUUAUAAACCUUGUGGACCUGCAUAUCAACCAACUUGCGAGGAAAGUUCUAAUGAUCCAGGUAUGGACUUCACCACAGAGGGCUGCUUUUGUCCUGAAGGAAUGAAACUAUUCAGCAGAGAAUCAAAAAUAUGUGUUAAAAAUUGUGGCUGUCUUGAUCCUAAUGGGAUGCCCCGUGAGUUCAAUGAGACAUUUGAAUACCAAUGUCAGAACUGUGUCUGUGAUGAGUCCACUAAAACUGUGAACUGCAAGCCUAAGACGUGCCCACCCACUGCUUUACCAAGAUGCAUGGGUCCAGAUUACGUUCUUGUCAAUCAAACUGAUCCAUCAAAUCCCUGCUGCAAUGUCCAUGUUUGCCAAUGUCAGGUCCACGCUUGUCCGGACAUCAAUAUGAACUGUGAUGGAUUCAAAUAUGUAAAAACCAAUUCAGAUGAUUGCUGUGGGAAGUGCGUACAGACACACUGUGUGUUCAGUGUUAAUGGCAAUGAGACACUCUUAAAGGAAGGAGAAACCUGGUCACCACCUGAAAAUAAAUGUGAAAGUAAGACUUGUGUCAAGAAUGGUGAGAUUUUUACAGUCUCCAACAAACAGAUCAUUUGCCCACCAUUCCAAGAGAGCAACUGCAAGAAUGACACAAUUCAGACUGCAGCAAACGGCUGCUGCAAAAUCUGUGUAGAGAAAGAGAAGGCCUGCAGACUGGUUAACCAGACAACUCCUAUCAACCACAAUGGCUGUCAGUCUAAGUUGAAUAUGCCAUCAUGUGAGGGAUCAUGCGACACUUCCACCAAGUACUCUGAAGCAGCAGGUGCUAUGGAGCAUUCCUGCUCCUGUUGUAAGGAGAGACGUGCCAGCAACCGCACCGUCACCCUGGCGUGUGAAAAUAGUGCUGCGCACGUCCAGUUCACUUAUGUGCAUGUGGAGGAGUGCGGCUGUGGUCACACAGAGUGCACCACACCUGCUGCACUGCAUGUUCGCAGAAAGCGACGCUUCACACUGCAGUGACAGAAUGCUCUGUCCUCACAUGUGGGA